AUGGGAUCAUUUUGCUCGCGUGCACAAUCAUCCACGGACGUUCUUGUUCCACAACCAAAGUCAGCACCCAUUCCAGCGUCGACUGGAAAAUCGACAAUCCCGACUACCACUUCGGACAAUUUUAUCGAUGUCAAACCAAUUCGUAUUCGGACUGCAGCAAGACGUCCACAUCCAAGAGGCGAGGAUGAAAACGAGAAUUUGGAGACAAAUGUCGUAGUCUGGUUAGACGCAGACAUCGAUAAGACGAAGGACAGUGCAAAGACAAAACAGAAGUUACGAGACACUGUGAAUUACUUGAAAACAUUCACUGAUCCUGCGGUAUGUAAGAAAUAUAUGUUGUCUAUUAAAAAAGAAAAAAUUUAUUUGAUCGUAUCUGGGUCUCUGGGCAAGGACCUCGUCCCUGAUAUUCAUGACAAACCACAAAUCGAAAAUGUAUACGUAUUCUGUUCAAAUGUUCCGAAAAACAAAGAAUGGUCGGAUAACUAUCCAAAAGUACGAAUAGUCACCAGUGACAUCAACAGUAUUUGUGAAAAAUUUAAAACUGAUACCACAAAAUUGGCGGCAGCGGAUGAGAUUGCUAUUGUGUCGAUACCAAGGCGUACGGGUGUAGACGAACCGAAUCGUCAAGAGGCAUCGUUCAUGUUCUUCCAGUUACUAAUCGAAAUAUUGUUAAGAAUGGAAGCGUCAGGCGACAAAGAAAGAUUUAUCGCUAUUUGUCGUAAACUUUACAAUGACAAUGAAAAGGAGUUGCAAAAUAUAGAAGAUUUUGCUCAAAAUUAUUCACCCGCUGAAGCGAUCAAAUGGUAUACGCGCGACACGUUCCUCUAUCGGAUACUGAACCACGCGCUACGAGUUCAGUCAGUUGUACUUUUGUUCCAAAUGAAGUUUUUCAUUCAAGAUAUUCACAAUCAUUUGAAAUUAUUGCACACAUACGAGAAAAAACAGUCCUCAAUGCUGCUAUAUCGGGGCCAAGCAAUGGAUAACAAUGAAUUUAACCGAUUACAGCAAAAUAUCGGCGGCUUCUUAUCUAUCAACAGUUUUCUAUCAACGUCCUUAAGACGCAAUAUUGCACUUCACUUUGCUCUACAGUCAUCGGUUGAUCGGGCGGAUGUUACACCGAUUCUGUUUGAAAUGAAAGUCGAUACAAAAAAAUCUCCGAAACCGUUUCACAAUAUUUCUCAAUACAGUGCAUUCGAAACGGAACAAGAAAUUUUGUUCUCAGUUGGCACUGUUUUUCAUAUUGAAUCUGUUCAAAAAAUGAAAGAUGGUGUAUGGGUUGUGAAAUUGAUUUUGGACGGUGAAGAAGACAAAGAACUGAAAGAGUUGACAGAAUUAUUGAGAAAAGAAAUACACGCCAGCAACGAUCUGUUUACAUUGGGCAAACUGACGUACAGAAUGGGCGAAUACGAGUUCUCGGAACAACUGUAUUCGUCAGUAGUUGAAAAUUUGUCCGAAAAUCACCCGGAUCGAGCCAGUGCAUUAAGUAAUCUCGGGUCAUUGUUAAUGAGAAAAGGUAGUCACUCAGAAGCACUCGACUGUUACAACAAAUGUCUCAAAUGGGAAUUAGCACAUUCACCACUCAACUUUCUCGCUCAUGCAGCUACAUAUCACAAUAUUGGAACCGCAUAUGCGCAUCUGGAUGAUAACGAGAAAGCACUCAGCUAUUUUGAGAAAGCUAAAAAGAUCGAAGAGGAAUUACUUCCGUCAAAUACAACAAGUAUAGCUUCGACAUACAAUCAGAUGGCAGCUGUUUAUCGUGAUAUGGGUGACUUCCAGAAUGCACUUCUAUAUGCGGAGAAAGCACUUUCAAUUCAGCAAACCAGUCUACCAAAAAAUCAUCUAGAAAAGGCUAUGUCACUAGAAAAUCUCGGAUUAAUCUACGAGAAACAAGGUGAUGUGCAAAAAGGAUUAGAAUACUUUUUGAAAUCGCUACAAAUGGAAACGAUUGUGUUGCCGGCGCUGCAUCCAACAUUGAUUCAUUCCCACUGUAACAUUGGUCAGACAUACUUGAACCUUGGAAACUAUCCGGAGGCAUUGAAACAUUUCAAAACUAGCUAUGACAUUGCCUCAGCCAUCGAUCAUCCACUCCAACAACCCUUGCAGACAUUAAUAUUGUUGUCAUUUACGCAAAUGGCUGGAAUUAACAUAGCAGAACUAUUGUCUAGUGCAGAAGAAUAA